CGCCACUGAAUAUCAAGCGUUCCUAAAUUACAUUCACGGCCCAAACAGGACCUGGUGAAGCAUGGAAUAGCCAGAUAAUAUAUCAGUCAUCAUAGUAAGCGCUGAGAUGUCCAGGCCAAGAUUCCUCAAGACCAACAUGAGCAACUCCCAGCAACCAGAGUGGGAUGACGUGCUGCCUGUACCCAAACUCAGCUUCUCUGUGGCAUCUGUCAUCGUCUUCUGUCUGGCGGUACUGUGUUUCGCGAACAGCUAUGAUGGGGAGUUUGUUCUUGAUGACAGCGUGGCCGUCAAACAUAACAAAGACUUGCUUCCCGGAACACCACUCUCUACCCUGUUUGCUCACGACUUCUGGGGGAACACGCUGGGCAAUAGAAGCCACAAAUCUUACAGACCCCUCACCGUUAUGACGUACAGAUGGAACUACGCAUGGUCAGGAUCUCUGCACCCUGAAGGCUUCCACGUUGUCAACAUCAUCCUGCACGGCUUGGUGUCGGUCAUCUUCCUGGCAGUAUUCUCUGUCCUCAUGUCUGGUUACCAGGUGGACCAGGAAUCUGCCAGGCCGGUGUUUGCCUCGCCCCGAGCUGCUCUCCUGUGUGCUGUGUUGUUUGCUGUGCAUCCCAUUCACACUGAAAGUGUAGCAGGGGUCGUGGGUCGGGCUGAUCUGCUGUGUGCCUUGACCUUCCUCCUUUCAUUCCUGCUGUAUGCCAGGGCCUGCCUCUCACCUUCAUCCCUGGCGAGUUACCGUCCCGCAUCCUUCUCCCUGGUGUCUGUACUGGCCAGUAUGUGUCUGUGUGUCGUGUCCACCUUCUGUAAGGAGCAGGGCAUCACUGUCAUAGGCAUCUGUAGCGUGUUUGACAUCGUCGUUGUGUGUGAAGUGGACCCAUUCCAGUGGCUCGGACUUAAGAAGGCAAAGGACUCUUUAAAGAAGUUUAACCGACCUCCAUGGGUUAAUGGUCUCCUCCAGCGCCACCUCAUCCUGUUCAUUACCGGCGUGUCUCUCCUCAGCAUCCGACUGCAGGUCAUGGGAUCAACACCUCCUGUAUUCGAAGUGGAUGCUAACCCACACUCUUUUGUCAAUGGCACAAUAUUAAGAGUUUUAAACUACAAUUACCUCUACGCAAUCAACACUUGGUUGCUGUUGAAUCCAUGGUGGCUGUGCUGUGAUUGGUCGAUGGGCUGUAUACCUGUCAUCACCUCAUUGGCUGAUCCCAGAAUACUGGCAGACAUAGCUCUCUGGACUGUCUUUGGUGCCUUGAUAUUCCAUUGUUGGAAUGGUGAUCUUACACGUAAUCGCCGGAUCCUGAUAACCUCCCUGGCAGUGUUGGGUAUUCCCUUCCUGCCCGCCAGCAACCUGUUUUUCCGUGUGGGCUUCGUGAUCGCAGAGAGGAUCCUGUACCUGUCCUGUGCUGGCUUCUGUAUGUUGGUGGUGCUCGGGGCAAGGCAGAUAUGUUACAAAUUUCAUUCCACUGCUAGACAGAUAGUCUCAGCUGGCUUCAUAUUCCUCACAGUUGUGUUUGUUCUUCGGUCUAUUCAGAGAAGUAACGAAUGGAGAGUCCCGCUGGCUUUGUUCACGUCAGGAGAUAGAGUCUGCCCAAACAAUGCAAAGAUUCAGCUUGGACAGGCCCUGUAUUAUGAUUCUGUCAACAAUACAGACUACGCCAUGAUAAAAUACAGACAGACUAUCGAGUUGAAUCCUCGAGAGAACACAGCAAUGCUCAACCUGGCCGUCAUCCUCAGACGUAAAGGCGAAAUCCUUGAAGCCGAGCAGCUGCUGGAGAGAUCUAUCACUAUCGGAUCGGUCAACACAGAGGCGUUGAUGAACCUCGGCGUGGUUCGAGCAGAACUGAAAAAGAAUAAACUGGCAGAGGAAAGCCUUCUUGAGGCUAUUCGACAAAACAAUAAAUGCGCAGACUGCUACUUUAAUCUUGGGAACCUGUACCGAGACACGGGACGGCCGACAGAGGCAGUCAGUGCAUGGGGGAAUGCUACACAUAUUUACCCCCACUACACGUCAGCCUGGAAAAACUCCAUCCUGCUUCUUGAUGACCUGGGGAAGUACGACCAUGCUAUUGAGGUUGGUAAGGCAGCAUUGAAGGCACUCCCAAAAGAAGCAGAUCUGAUAUUUCAUGUGGCCAAUAUUUACAUCCUGGCAGAUAAGUACAAGGAGAGUGAGGACCUCUUCCUGGCUGGUAUACAGAUAGACGAACACAGCGCCCGAUUCCAUCAAAAUCUAGGUGUAUUAUAUCAUCGAUGGGGAAAGAAUGAGAAAGCCGAGGCAGCCUUCACGCGGGCAGUACAACUUAACCCAAAUGAUGCGACGUACGCUAAAAACCUGCAGCUGAUUCAAGCCAAAAUAAGAAACAACGUAUAGGCAAUAUUUGACGUGCAGAUACCAAUUUCAUAUUCGUUAGAAACUAUAAACUCAGUGGCAGCUACUUGGCAUUCAAAGAAACCAAAGGCUGGAUGAUAUAACGUAAGGCGUGGCCUCAAUAUACCGAUGGAACACCGUUUCUGCACAUACUAAAAGGCUGGCUCCCGAAAAGUACUGUAACCUAAAUUCGUCACAACGAAAUUUCUUUUCUGUACAUGACUUCAGCGGUGUAACAACCACUCAGGACUUAUGUGUGAUAAAACUUGGAAUGAACGCCUGGUGGUUACCCCAGAUUGAGCUAAUAUAGCAAUGGCGACCCACAUCUACGAAGGGCCAGUCAAGGUAGCAUCAGUGACGCGCGUGUAUAUUUUGGAAUAUAUUCACACAAUCAAUCCACAAACAAGCUCAUCUACAGACUGAAAUGGAUUAUGUAACCGAAGAUGACACCCACAAGGUAUACCACCAAUACGUUAACUGUGAAUCUUGACACUGAUGGUUCUUGUGAGUUUACUGUGAGGAACGUCUUUGUCAGCGAAUAGCUCUUGAGUUAUGUUUGGUUUGACCUGAAAUAUCCUGGUAUUGUGAAACACUUUCAACUAGCGAGUAGCUUUGGAGUUAUAUUUGUUUUGACCUGAAAUAUCUUGGCAUUGUGAAAUACUUUCAAUCAGCGAGUAGCUCUGGAAUGAUGUUUUGUUUGACCUGAAAUAUCCUGAAAUAUCCUGGCAUCGUGAACUACUUUCAACCAGCGAGUAGCUUUGGAGUUAUGUUUGGUUUGACCUGAAAUAUCCUGGCAUUGUGAACUACUUUCCAACAGCGAGUAGCACUGGAGUUAUAUUUUUUUUGACCUGAAAUAUCCUGGCAUUGUGAAAUACUUUCAAACAGCGAGUAGCUUUGGAGUUAUGUUUGGUUUGACCUGAAAUAUCCUGAUAUCUUUGCAUCGUGAACUACUUUCAACCAGCGAGUAGCUUUGGAGUUAUGUAUGAUUUGACCUGAAAUAUCCUGGCAUCGUGAACUACUUUCAACCAGCGAGUAGUACUGGAGAUAUGUUUGUUUUGACCUGAAAUAUCCUGAAAUAUUCUGGCAUUGCGAACUACUUUCAACCAGCGAGUAGCUCUGGAGUUAUAUUUGUUUUGACCUGAAAUAUCUCGGCAUUGUGAAAAACUUUCAAUCAGCGAGUAGCUCUGGAAUUAUGUUUUGUUUGACCUGAAAUAUCCUGAAAUAUCUGGCAUCGUGAACUACUUUCAACCAGCGAGUAGCUUUGGAGUUAUGUUUGGUUUGACCUGAAAUAUCCUGAAAUAUCCUGGCAUCGUGAACUACUUUCACCCAGCGACUAGGUACAAUGUGUGAAGCACAUUUAUGGUGUCCCUCGCCGUGAUAUUGCUGGAAUAUUGCUAAAAGCAGCGUAAAAUCAUAGUUACUCACUCACUCAUAAUGUGAGGAUGUUGCUGGUUAUAAGGUAAGGAUAUCGUGACAGUAUGGAAGAGAGUAGCGCCAAAUGUCAAGCAAUCUCAAAGUACCUAGUAGCUGAGUACGUUUCACAAUAAACUCUUACA